CUUGGUGUCCCGGGCAUGGCGCAAAGCCUCAUCCCACCCAGACACGUUCACAGCCCCAGCAGCUUGCUAGCUCACGGUGUUUUCCCUCUCCUUUGUGGCAGGAGACCCUCUAGCUGGCUGUCCCCCAGCGCGCACAUCCUUGCCGUGAUGGUGAAGGGGCUGGCGGCCGAGAAGAUCCAUGCCCAAGAGCAGCCGGAGAGGAACACACCCAACUUGCCCCAGCCCCACAGGGAAGUUCGGGCGCUGUGUGACCACACAGGUGCUGCCGAUGGGCACCUGAGCUUCCAGAAAGGAGACAUCCUGCAGCUGCUCGCCACUGUGGAUGAAGACUGGAUCUGCUGCUGCCAUGGAAACAGCACUGGCCUCGUUCCUGUGGGCUACACAUCCCUGAUCUUGUGAGGAGGAAGAGGAGGAGCCCUGAGGAAGCAGCUGAGUUUGCAGAAGCAGGUGCCACCUCUGGGAAGGACUGUCUCCCUGCCACAUCUUCACCACCGUCAGGCCUGGCAGUUCUGCAGGGGGCCCCUGCUCUGGUGCCAGCCCCUGCUGCUUGCUAGCACGAUGCUACCUUCUGCCAGAGCUGCGUCCUGCGAGCCGUCGCUGCGCGUGUUGCCACGGAGUUGCUGCCAAUUCACCGCAGGCCCCCCGUGGGACCUGCUCUCGCUCAUGUCGUCUUAGCUGCUGCCCGUGCCUGUGUGAAGGGAGGGAAAGGCCCUGUCCCCGUGCAUUACUCACAGUCCUGUAUGCUGUCUCUGUGCUGUCAUGUCCUGUCACUGCCACGUCCACCACCUGCCUUGCUUUGCCCCAUGGCUGGGGCGUGCAGCCCGGGCCAGCCCCAGCCACCCGUGUGCUGUUCCAACACUGUAAAUAGUUGUAACCAUGGGAAGAAGCGUAUUCCGGGGAAAGAGCUGGAAAUAAAGGUUGUGACUUACGUGU